CACAUGGAGCGGUGAGGGAGUGUUUGAAGAAACUUGAGAAGCACCAUGGGGAAUCAUGUUGGAAAACGUGAUCAGAGUGCUGAGAAACUAAAGAACGCUGAAUCACAAGUGGAAGAAGUGGAAAAUAAAGUGAGUCCCAAAGCAGAAAGGCUAACCCAGCAAUCUUCAGAAGACAAUGAAGUAUUUGGAGAGGCAGAUGUGAACCAGAACAAUGGGACCUCCACUAAGCAUACAGCGGUGACAGACUCCAAGGGCACAGCAGACCCAAAGAAUGCCUGGAAGGAGACCAACCCAGCUGACACGACUGGUCGCCCCCAUUUGGUCCGCCUCUUUUCCCGAGAUGCCCCUGGCAGAGAGGACAACACCUUCAAAGAUCGGCCCUCCGAAUCAGAUGAGCUACAGACCAUUCAGGAAGACAGUGCAGCAGCUUCUGAGAAUUCGGAUUUGAUGGCUUCACAGAAACGCUCCUCUUUCCGGCACGGAUCCAAACUUGCAACUGCAAGCACCAUAGACCAUGCUAGACAUGGAUCCCCAAGAAGAUACAGGGAACCAGGCCUACUUGACUCACUGGGCAGAUUCUUUGGAGGUGACAGGCAUGUCCCCAGGAGGGGCAAGGACUACCAUCAUGCUUCCAGAGUGAGCCAUGUAAGUUCCCUGCCUCAUCCGAGGUCUCAGCGUGGACGGUAUGUGGAUGACAACCCAGUUGUCCAUUUCUUCAAGAACAUUGUGUCACCAAGAUCAUAUCCUCCUAUGCAGGCAAAGGGGAGAGGAUUAUCCUUCAGCAGAUUUAGCUGGGGUGGUGAAUCUCCAAGGCAUGGAUAUGGAAGUGGCAGAUACUAUGAGCAUAAAUAUGCUCACAAGGGACACAAGGGAUACUACCACGAUGGCCAGGGCACACUGUCUAAACUCUUUAGACUGGGAGGAUCUGGAUCCCGACCUGGUUCCCGGUCUGGCUCUCCCAUUGCUAGGCGCUGAAGCUCUAAGAUAUCUCUGAAGGACGACGUUCUCUGCUUCAUAACUAAGCUGCCUUAAAGAUUUAAUAACCAACUGCAGAAUUCCCUAGAUAGAAACACAAUCUAUUUGUUAAUGCCCAUUGAGUUGUGUAUGCAGUAGGAGUAUACAAAAUUCUAUUGGCGAUGCUGACCAAAAAUUGAACAAAAGCACAGGGGAAAAAAAAAACUCUCCCAGACUUGCAAUGUAGUUUUUAUUUGCUGGCAGCAAUAUGUUAGGGAAAGUAAUGUAAUUCCCCAUUUUACUCAGUUUUCCUUAAGGUGUUCCCAAAGAAUAAAGGGCUUUAGAUUUCUGAGUGCGUACAUUAAAUCCCUGUCAUAUUUCUGUUCUUUCCCACUAAACCCCAAGUAACAACCUAAAAUGCAAUUGUCUACCUUUUUGAGCACUGCCAUUAACGAAUCAUCAACCCCCUUGCUGUAACCCAAGAAGCAACAAAUAAAAACAUGUGCAGAAGUUGUAAGGACUGUUUAUCCAAAUUUUUGUUUGAUUUUGGUUUUGGUUUGGGUCAUUUGUUGUCGUUUUUUUAAGUACCUCUUUCUCUCACAGAGUUUUCUUUUUCCUUUCCUAACAGGAUGAGCAGUCAUAGAAAGGUAUAUUAAAUUAGUUCAAGGUAUGUGGGAUGUGGAAGAAGGCAGCUGUUACUGUUUCACUGAGGCAGAGCAAUGUUCCUAAGGAAUUAUGAAUAUUCUGAGGGAAUGCUUUGUGCAUGACCAAUUGAUCGUCACACCCAACACAUUAGGAAAAGAGUGGCUGAGAGACAGAAAAGAGGAUACCAAAUCUGAAUUAGACUAGCUUCACACCUGAAAAAGAGGGAUAAUCCCCAAGAUGUGAAUACCUGGAUAAUGGGAUAUCCCUAAAAUUCCACACAAGCACAUGCUGCAAAUAUUCUUCUUUGCAGCUACUUUUAAAAAAAAGUCUAAUGAGAGAAAGCUCUUCAGGGAGGAAAUUUCAGAGAGUACUGCACAUCUAAAGUUAGCAUUUCCUGCUGUCCACUUAAUAGUGCAGCAAGUUUCAAUAUGCAGUGCAUUAGAGUAAAUGAGGCUUCAAGUAGUAUAGCUAUAUAUUAAAAACUAAUGAAUUAGAGCUAGGAAGGCAUUAACAGUGGAACAUGAAUUAAGGUAUACCUCUGUGGAACUGGGUUUCCCAAACCACAUGAAGAAAAAUGCUCUUCUGAAUUGCACUGUUCUAUAACCUUCAACCUGUUCUUUCGCUCAGUGACCUCCCUUUACUCAUUCAGUGUUUUAUUUGAGCUUGAUAUAUUUAAGACUACGUUGGCUCCUACCCUUAGCUAAGCUAAUGCGUAUCAUAAGUUAUCAAUGUUAUUGCCAACUGAUAUAUAGAUGCUGUUGUUAGUGAUAGAUCUACUAUAGGUUUCAAACAACGUUUUUAAAAUGCAGCAAUGAAUCAUGAGAGGGUAGAAAAACUCAGACACUAGAGACAGAACACCAAAACUGUUAAGCACAGACACCUAUUACAUCUUCUUUUAAGCUAUGUUCUUGGCUAUGUGUAUUUUUCUAUGUGUAGCCUCAUCCAGUUGUGUAUUCCACAACGUAAUAGUAAGUUUCACUUAAGUGUAUUGUUCUUAAAAGUGUAUGAAUACAACUCCUAAAAAACCAAUAUUGUAAUAAAAUACUCAACUUUUAAUGAAA